UCCGCCCCACCCCAACUCACAACGCAACACGCAACGCAGAGUCCAGUAGCCGAGAGCAAAGCAAGCAUCAGAGAGCGAGAGAAAAGCAAGGGUAGCAUCGGGAGAGGAGAAAGGAGAAGCGGGCCAGGAUGUGUGGCGGAGCGAUCCUCGCCGAGCUCAUCCCGGGGGGCGCGCCGGCGCGGCGCGCCGCGUCCGGCCACGUCUGGCCGGGCAAGGCCGCCGACGACUUCGAGGCCGCGUUCCGGGACUUCAACGAGGAGGAGGACGUGGUGGUGGUGGUGGAGGAGGAGGUGGCCGAGAGCAAGCCCUUCGUGUUCGCCGCCUCGCCCAAGAAGCCGCAGCAGCAGCGGGAGGAGGAGGAGCAGGCGGCGCCCGCCCGCCGGAGGAAGCCGGCGCAGUACCGCGGCGUGCGGCGCCGGCCGUGGGGCAAGUGGGCCGCCGAGAUCCGCGACCCCGUCAAGGGCGUCCGCGUCUGGCUCGGCACCUUCCCCUCCGCCGAGGCCGCCGCGCUCGCCUACGACGGCGCCGCGCGCGCCAUCCGCGGGCCCAGGGCCAAGCUCAACUUCCCUCCCUCCUCUGCCGUCGCCGCCGCGGCCCCGGGAUCGCGCAAGCGCGUCCGCGCAGAAGCCCUCGCGGCCCCCGCCGCCAAGCCGGCGCCGGUCGUCACCCUCGUCGACGACGAGGAGGAGCACGCGUCGUCCUUGUUCGUCAAGCACGAGGCCGAGCCGAGCGAGGGCUCCGAGUCCAGCGGCGCCCUCCCCGACUUCUCGUGGCAGGGCAUGUCGGCGCUCGACGAGGCCCCGGCGUACCCCGCCCCGGAGCCCGAGACCGAGCAGCUGACAAAGCGGGCGAGGACGACGGAGGCGGAGGACAUCGACGAGGGCAUGUCGGCCCACCCGGCGUCCGACUCCGACUCCGACGCGCUCUUCGACGCCCUCCUCUUCGCCGACCAGUUCGCCUACUUCAACGGCGGCGCCUACGAGUCCCUGGACAGCCUCUUCAGCGCCGACGCCGUGCAGAGCGGCGCCACCGCCACCGCCGCCGCCGCGGACGAGGCGGGCCUGGGGCUCUGGAGCUUCGACGACGACUGCCUCGUCGACGAGUGCAGCCUGUCCUUCUAGAUCUUCUUGUUCCGUGUGCGUCCUGUUCAUGUCAUGUCAUGCCAUGGUGUAAAUAGAGUAGCUUGUCUUGUGAUGAAAUCCGUUCGUUGUUCGUCGCUUCUGCUUGGAUCAGCAAGCGACGAUGGAUUCUGUGUAAGAGUUUGACAUCGUUGUGAAAGAUUUUGCCUAGGCCUUCGAUGCAAAA